GGGCCGAGUGCGGGACGGGCCGGCCGUGCGGGGCACGCGGUGGAGCUCCGCGCUCCGGGGCCGGCGGGGAUGGGAGUCGGGGGGAACCGAGCAGAGCGGUGGGAGCGGGGCUCGGUGAGCGCUGCGGGGCAGCGGGCCCUCCCCUCCCUUCCUUUCCCGUCCCCUCCCCUCCUGUCCCCGAGCCGUGCCGUGCCGUGCCGCUGUUGGGAUGAGGCCAGGGCUUUGUCUGCAGCUCCGGGAUUCGCCGCCCGCCUCCCCGCAGCGCUCACUUGUAGCGCUUCCUUUGUGUGCGGAGUUUCCCGGUCCGACGUCGCGCAGCUUUGCGGGGCGCGGAGCGGUGCUGCCGUCCGACCCCCCCGUGUUCGCUGCCGUCUCCGAGGCGCUCCGUCCUCCGGCUCGAACGGCCUUGCCGUCUUGCAAAGAAGGGUUUAAAAUAUUCAUUCGCUCGGGAGACGGGGAUUGCUGCUGCUGCCAGAGAUAGGGAUCUCGGCUCCGUCCGUCGGAUCGUAAUCUCCUGCGUGCUGGGAACGCGCAGAUCGACCGAGAUAAGCGCCUGCUGCCCUCCCCACCCCUGCAGCCCUCCGAUAAAACGCUGCGCAGGAGCUGCCGGGCAGAGAGCCAGCACAGCGGCGGGGCUGAUGCGUUUGUUGGGUGGCAGAACGGGGCAGGAGGUGGGGACGCUCCUCUGGGAGCAAAGCAGGAGGCGAGGAACGCAUGGGCUGCUGAAUGGGGGCCGCGGGGCGUGCCGAUAGACAACGAGAGGGGUGAAAACAGGAGCCAGCAUGAACGUGGGAACGGCGCACAGCGAGGUGAACCCCAACACCCGUGUGAUGAACAGCCGGGGCAUCUGGCUGUCCUACGUCCUUGGCAUCGGCCUGCUGCACGUCGUGCUCCUCAGCAUCCCCUUCUUCAGCGUCCCCGUGGUUUGGACUCUUACCAACAUCAUUCACAACAUGAGCAUGUACAUCUUCCUGCACACCGUGAAAGGAACCCCUUUUGAGACGCCAGACCAGGGCAAGGCACGGCUGCUGACGCACUGGGAGCAGAUGGAUUACGGUGUGCAGUUCACAGCAUCCCGCAAGUUCCUGACCAUCAUGCCCAUCGUGCUGUAUUUUCUAACCAGCUUUUACACCAAGUACGACCGGAUACAUUUCGUCAUCAACACCAUCUCCCUGAUGAGCGUCCUGAUCCCCAAACUGCCUCAGUUCCACGGAGUCCGGAUCUUUGGGAUCAACAAGUACUGAAGUGUGCAGAUGGAGGAGCGGCGGAGCUCGGGGAGGUUCCUCCUCCAUCUCCCAUUCCCCCCUGCCCACGCUGGGAUAGUUUCACAGCAGCUGUUUAAACGCAGUACCCAAUAGACAUACACUGCAUGCUGGAUCCUCGCGCCCAAUAAAUCUAAAGAAGCUCCAGAGUAGAGUUUAGUGAGGAGCAGGAUGCUGGACUUCUUUUAUUCCAGCGUCAUAAAUAGAUGCAGAUACACCGAGACUCCGAGGUACAGAGAGGAUGAGUUGUGGGAAGGUUUUCAUCCAUCCCAGGUGCGAUGAGAACAGGGGUGAGGGGAAAAGCUUUUAGUGCUGGUACUAUUGCUGUGGUAAAUGCACUUUAACAUUAUUUCCCUUUCUGAGGCUUUGGUGCUUUGAAGCGAUACGCGGGGAAAUCGAAAGGGACGCAGCCAAACUCUCCCAAUAUCUGAUGGUUUCAGGUUUUAUUUCCACUUCUUGGGCAGAGGAAGAGAGGGAGGGGAGCAGAACGAGAGGUUUUUAUUUUGGAAUCUUUUACGCCACUGGGAAAGGAAGUUCUACUAAAAGCAGCACAGGAAAAAAGAAACGACCUGCACUCUGGGACAGCUCUGUGCUUCUGUGGAACCAUCCAUCCGGUCCAGGGAAAAGGUCCCAACUCACAGCUGUCGCUUCCAGCCUGGAUAACUUUGCUUCCCAUCCCAAACCUCUCAACUUUUCAAGCACUCAGGCAGCGUUUGGACGAAGGACUGAGGUGCAGCUCACUGGAAUGAUGGACUGCAGACGCCCUGAGCUGCUGGCACACGGAGAUGCACCAGCCUGGCAGGAACCAAAGACUGACGGGUGCAGAGCGUGCGAGAGCCGGGUGGCUGCUUUAAGAUCGGUGGCAGCGAGUUGAGUUCUCCCCCUCCAUCCACCCCCUCGGUCUCCUCAGCCCACGCAGCCGUUAAUGAGAUCUGCCACUUCUCCAAUGAACUCAGCAUCA